CAAGACUUUUGUCUGCCCCGUGUAGCCUUGAUGUUCCAUGUUGAGUAGGCGGGUUAUCUGAAUUGUGUCCUGGAUUUUAAUGCAGUGCUUAUUAGUUUAUUUCUCCUCACGGCAUGCAAAGGGGCAGUUCGUUGUAUGGCCACGUGUAAUACAAAUGGACUUCCAAAGCAUCAUGAAGAUUCCAUUCUAAGUGGGGAUAGUCUUAUUCCAAUUAUCCAACCCCAUAAUAUUUUUGAUAAUACUAUUGAGAGGAAAAUUAAUUCUAUAAUGGCUCCACGAACAGGUCCUUAUCUUGCUUCAAUGCCCAUACAGUUAAAUGGUGCCUCUAAUCCAUGUAAAAGUGAUGAUGAUAAUGAUACUAAAAUGGGAAAUGCUACUGCUGUUAUUGUUGACCAGUCUAUUAGUACUCACCAUCAAAUCCCAGUCAGCAGUAGCAUAUCGAAUUCCCCUGCUGUUGACAGGAAAACUUCAAGUCCUAAUGUACAAAUUAGUCAGAUAUCCUCCUCAUCAUCAACAACAACAGUGCCAAAAAGGCGAUCUGUACGUGACAAACGGGUUACAAAUUCUGAAAAUACUAUUCAAUAUCAUGCUUCGCUUACACAACGUUUAAAUGUGUGUGAUGAACGCCUACUUCGUAUUCGUACAAGAGCCUUAAACUUAUUAACACGCUUGUCAGCUUGUCAUGACUCUUCAGGAUCACAAAAUGAUGGUAAUGAAUCACUGCCUAGUUCUUGUGUGCCUAGUAUUCUGUCAUGGAAUUUGACAAAUGAAGAUACAGAGAGUAGUACAGACAAUGAUGAUGAUGAUGAUGAUAACGAAGCUGAAAUGAGGAAUAAAGCUUUGUCCAGUUCUAAACAGUCCUGGUUGUAUACUCGUUCUGUGACACACUCGAAUUGGCAAUGGUUGCGGAGUGAAAUAGAAUCAUCUAGAAUGUGUAUACAAGAACUUGAAAGAUUGAAGCAUCAUUUUCAUAAUUCGAGGAAAGGAUUCAAGCAUGAAGAGGCUAAUAAUAAUAAUGGUAAUAGUGGUAGCAGUAAUAGCAGAUACAGUUCCGAAGAAAUGACCUGUUCACGUGUAUCUCCCUACUGUGUUAACAAAAGAAAGCCGCGACACACUUACCACAAUCUCUCCUCACCGAAAUAUGCUCAUAUCAUGCAAGAGUUUAAUGAGUAUUCUGCCGGUGAUCCCUACAUUAAAUGUUCUUGUAUUCCACCGUUUAUUGGACCUUGUAUUUUGUGUUGUGGAUCUGAACUAUCACCAUCACCACCACCACGACCAUCCGGUGCUUGUUCCGUCGAAUUGUCGAAUAAAUCAGAUGGUCGAGACUUGCUUAUCUCAGCUCAUUCAUUGUGUACACAUAUUCAUCCGAAAUUAUCAAUCCCAGGAGAUAUCCAAUUAGCUCUUCGUUUAGAAUCCCGUCUCUCCGGCUAUUCAUCAGUUUAUUUUCGACCGCAUAAAACUACUGUGCGUUCAAUACAAGCUUAUGAGAAACCAAAGUACUUACAGACCUUAAAUUCAAUCAUCAAUAAUAACACUCAUAUUUCAUCCCAUUUUAAAGAUAAUGAGAAACCCAAUGAUGAAUCGACAAUAAUUCCAACAAAAUCAUCAGUUCCACGUUCAAAGAAUUCUCGUUUAAAGAAGCGAAAAUUAGUCUCAUCAAAAAAAUCUCAAAUCAACUCAUCAUCAUCAUCAUCCUGCUCACUACAAACAUCACCUGGACUUUCGACCAAAUUACCUCGUCAAACUCAAGAAAGUGCACAGGAUACGAAUAAGGUAACCGAAGCUCAGUGAUACGCGGAAACAACUCCAUCCAUUGUCAGGGGAUAGAUACUAUUUAGACAGAUGAUGUUUGUGUUUCUAUCAUCUAUCUCGGUAAUUCUUCUGUAUGUGUGUGUGGGUGUUUGACAAAGAUUAUUAACCAGAUUUCUUAUUUAUUUACAAAUUUAUUUCGUUUCUCUCCACAUACACAUCUGUGUCUCCAUGCCAAUUUUGUUUCAUAUAAGAAUUAUCUCAACUACUGUCACAUCAGUAUAUAUAUAUCGGUCUGUUGAUUGAUUAUGUGGCAGUAAUGAUGAAACACACUUUUCUUUUGUAUUUCUCAGCAUUUAUCACAUCUAGUCCCCAUUGUAUCUCUUUCUCUCCAUCCCAUCCCUACGUUUGUUUGUUUUUUUAGUACAUAAGCGCACUCUGUAUGCGUAGAACUGCAAAAGUCCUCUGGUAAUAUCUUUCUGUUGUUGUAUUGUUUUCAUGGCUAUUCUCAUUCAUAUGAUAUCAGUACAACUGAUGAGUUUUCAUCACUGAUAUCACGACAACAUCACCCACUGAAAAACAUACAUGCCCAUCCAACUCCUCAUUUUUUGCCUUUUCACUUUGAAUAAUCUAAAAAUUCUCUACAUAUAAAGUAUCUUAAGUGUAUUAUAUUCACAUAUUUGAAUAUUUUGUGUAUAGUUCAGUCGCAUUAACUAAUUCCUUGUUUCCAGCUCUGUCUAUCUGUCAGUUUGUCUGUCUCUCUCUCUCUCUCGUUCCUGGUUUGUCCUUCUUUUUUAAGAAAAUCUUCAUUACAUUUAUUAUUUGUAUAUUUUGUAUAUUCCCCAACACCAUUUAAUACAUUACCAUUAUGAUUAUGAUGAAAUAAUGAAGUCAGUGCAAUUUCCGGUGUUUACUCUUUUUAUUGUUCUUUGUAUGCUUCGUCUUGCAAUAAUGUGUCAUUAUGUGAGUAUAGUGAAAUAAUCUACUAGGUGAACACACUUUUAAUGGUGAGCUUGCGUGUAAGAGG